UAUAAUACCCGGCUUUGUAUCAGUAGUUAGAGCAGACGGUCAGAGAGAGAGAGAGAGAGAGAGAGGAGAAAAAGGAAAAUGGCGUUGAGUGCGACAGUAAUCGGAGCUCUUCUAGGGCUGGGCACCCAGAUGUAUUCGAAUGCUCUUCGUAAGCUACCUUACAUGCGUCAUCCUUGGGAGCAUAUAUUGGGAAUGGGAUUGGGGGCUGUAUUUGUCAAUCAGCUAGUGAAAUGGGAUGCCAAGCUUCAAGAAGAUCUUGAUAAGAUGCUUGAGAAAGCUAAAGCCGCUAAUGAACGACGCUAUAUGGAUGAAGAUGAGUAGCUGCUCAAUCUGGACACAGUAUUUUCUAAGUGAUUGCAAUAUGGUUCCAGGCCAGCUUAAAUCAGUAAAAUUUUAACUUGAAGCUGUCAUACUUUUUCACCAAUUUUAGUUGCAUAUGUGUAAUAAUGAAUGUACCUUCACUUGUAGCUUCUAUCUAACUUUUUCAACUGCAUCUUCUUAUCUAUCUGAGUGAACAUAAUUUUUUUUUAAUUUCAAUACUUCUAUUUGAAGAAGUGUUGAAAAUCUUAAUGGUUUUACAGUUAAGCAAUUACUA